ACUGGUCUACAAUCCAUUCUCGAUCCGAUCGCAGGCAGUCUGCUGAAUGGGAUUAUUUUUCUAUCCUCUACUAACCCCCUUCCUUUGUCCUGUCCAAAAAAAUGCAUACCCCAUUUUCGAUUCGCAUACCAUCACUUGGGUUGCCCAAGUUGCAUCUAGCUCGUUUCUCAUCUUUUAUAACUAGCAUUGCAAGCGCGAGCUGUUCGAAUUUAUUUGCAUGUUGCUGUAUUUUCUCUUUCUCUUAUUCCCCGUUUUCGACCCAGUCCAACGAUGCAGACUUUAUCUUCUGCCGCUGCGGGGUUCGAAGGUGUUGUCCUUUUCAUGUUUUCCCGCUCCCCCAUUUCACUUUUUGACACUCGUAAAGAACAUUAAUUUGGCUCAAACUCUGACCUUCAUUCUGCAUUCCGG